AUGUCUCUUCAAACUCCCGCCAGACCAAACUCUCCUCCUUCUCAAACACCCAUCACAGAUUUUUCACUAAUCGAAUCUCAAAAAGAAAACAUACGACCUCUCCCAACAGGUAGAAGCGCUUCUACAUUAAAUACAAUCUUCACUCCUGGUAAUUCUUCAACUCAACAACAAGAAGAAAAAGAAAGAUAUUUCCGUGAUCUAAUAGAGUCCGCAGAAUUAUCAGAUCGUCAAGGUGAAGAAAGAAAUGAAGAUAUAUUAGAAAUAUAUCUGAAAUACAUUUUAUUCUUACAACAAUAUCAUCCUUCUUCUACUUCAUACACAUUACCAAUAAUAGAAUCUAUAACUAGAAGAUUUUUGAAUGAUGGUCGAUUUAAACAAGAUGUUAGGUAUUUGAAAUUAUGGAUAAUGUAUAUAAGGUUAGUAGAGAGGAGAGAAGAAAUUUGGAGUUUUUUAAAUUCUAAAGAAAUUGGAACUAAUCAUUCUGUUUUUUAUGAAGAAUGGGCUGGAGCUUGUGAAUCUUUAGGAAGGAAAAAAGCCGCAGAUGACAUAUAUCGAUUAGGUAUCGCUCGUCGAGCUUCCCCUCUUGAACGUCUUAAAUCUCGUCAUGCAGCUUUCUUGGAACGUAUCUCUAUCCAACCUCAUGAUGUUGUACCUGAUGAUGACCCUCCUCCUCGUGUUGCUCGAGCGGUAUUAGGUCAAGUGACAAGUACAUCUGGGACAACACAAUUGGCCCCUUCUCUUCGUCAAAGACCGAAUGGGACUAAAAUGGAAGUUUUCACAGAUACUGGGAGGGUUGAUGAUGGGGAGGCACCUGAAUGGGCUGAAAUAGGUACCAGGGAAGGAAGAAGGAAAGAGAAUACCAUAGAGGCUGGACCUUGGAAAGGAGAGACUUUGAUACAGGGCAUAGGGAGGAGAGGACCGAGGACUCCAAAGGUUGAAGUUUUCAAAGAUUCCGACAAUAACGACGCUCUAGUAGCUACCGAAGAUAUCUUCUCACGAACUAAACCUUCUCUUACCGAAGCGGAACUUCUUCGUUCUGAUCCACUCAAAAAUUUCGAUACUACCGGUUUAUCCUCUUCAUCCGCCAUCCCAAUUCUACCCCCUCCCCAAUCCGCUAGGAAACCACCGAGACCGAAACAUUUCGUAAAGUCGCCUUGGGAAUGUCCGACCGGUGGGGGAGAAGUGAAGGAUGCUAAAGGGAAGAUGGAGAGACGUAUGUUUGAUUGGGAUUCUGUAUUUAAGAAUGGAGAGGAAUGGAGUUUUGAAGAGGUCAGAGCGAGGGAGAAAGGGUUGUUGGGUAGAGAGACUGGGGAGGUUAGAGAUUGGGAGAAGGUUUGGCAUUUGCCUGGAGCAAGACUGACCUCAGCAACCUCACCAAAAGAAGAAAAGAAAAAACCUCUCCCUUCACCAACAGUCAACACCAAACUUGCCGAAUUAGAAGUAAUGAGGAUGUUUGAUCAAACUAUCCAUGCUGGCAAGCUUCGAAAUGCAGACUCUGACUCUGAUUCGGAUUCGGAUUCCGACGACGAAGAUCCGGUAGAUUCAGCUCCUACUCCUCUUCCUACCAGAGGAGCGAUGGGUAUGUUGGUCCCUCUCAAUGGGUUAGUUCCACCGACACCUACACCGGCUCAGGGCCAUCCAUCUGUUUUCUCAGACAAUCAAUCUAGACCACCUCAUCAAACUCCCAAAACUAACAUAUUCGCCGAACCAAUUUUCAACGAUGAGAACGCCGUCCCUUCCACAAGCAAAAAACUCAACAUCUUUUCCAACCCCAUUCCCGAUGUGCAGACUCAAACGUCUCGUCCGUUCCAAACGCCUAAAUCAUUCGGAGUGUUCUCAGACCUUCCUACCGAGACUACUAGACCAUCAAAUAUCUUCUCUACCCCCGCUCCUGCUCUCGGAUCUAGACCCGUCCGACGACCAUUAGCCAACGCCAUCGUCGAAGCCGACGAGGAAGAUGAAGAGGAAGAUGGGCAAGAUGCGGAACAAGCCAUUCAGUCUGAAGACGAAGAAACGGCACCAAGAGGAUUGAAAAGGUUUGAGUAUAGAAGUGUCAUGACUCCUAUAUAUGAACGUACGGCAGAAUUCACAUUGAGGUCUUCUCAAAUCGCUUCCUCAGGAUUGGGCGAGUCUGUCCUUCGAUCGUCGCAAAAUGGGACUUCGGAUGAGGAGGAUGAACAAUCGUCAAUAUCGAGAGGAUUAGUAGGGAAAAUGAGUAGCACACAAUUCUUUGAUCAAGAUUCUAUCGGAGGAAGUGAUGAAGAUACGAAGCUCGGUCUUCCGGAAGGUUUUACUAUCCAAAUGGCGGAUGAAAUACAUACGUUGGCAAUUGUGGACAGGUCUGCUUCGGAGACGCAGUUGGAAGAACCUAUCGAGUCCCUGAAUCCAAACGUCGAAGAAGCCGCUCUCGAUACUCCUACCAUGAUCAUACCAAAUCCAUGCGAUCCUACUUCGGACCAAAUCAUUUCUAUCUUACUCGACCGUCUCGACACUCCUCCAUCUUCUUUUCCCGGUUUCCAUGACCACCGACCUACCUGCAUAAACAAACUUGAUGUUCUCCGUAAACAUGCCAAAUCCAAACUUCGUCGAGCCAGUACUUCAUCUCGUCAUUCCAUCUCGGACGAAGGUAUCCCCCUAAUCCUCAGUGGAAAAUCAUACGAAGUCAUUGAUAAAAUCGGUGAAGGUGGAUUCGGGUCUGUAUUCUUAUCCAUCGACCUUGCUAUCCGACAAGCGAUCGAUGAUAUUUCCGAUACUUCUUCAAAUUGUUCAAACGAAGAAGAAGAAGCAGAUUAUUUCGUUGCUAUUAAAAUUGAAAAACCUUCUUCUUUAUGGGAAUUUAUAAUCUUGAAUCGUAUCCGUCAAAGAUUAUCUUCCACCUCAUUAAAUUCUUUAAUCUUACCACGUUCAUUACAUUUAUAUUCAGACGAAUCUUAUUUAAUACUCGAUUAUUCUUCUCAAGGUACAUUAUUAGAUAUAGUGAAUCGUUCUUCUCAACUCGGUAUUUCACCCAUAUCUGUUUCACAAGGAAUAGAUGAAUUAUUAGUAGUCUUCUUCACCAUUUCUUUGUUGAGGAUAAUGGAAGAUUUACAUAAAGCUGGAAUCAUACAUUGUGAUAUUAAAAUCGAUAAUUGUUUAAUCAGUUUGAAAGAAAUACCUAAAUCUGAAGGCGGUCAUUCAAAUUGGUCAACACAAUUCAAUUCGGAUGGAAAACAAGGUUGGAAAUAUAAAGGUUUGAAAUUGAUUGAUUUUGGAAGAAGUAUAGAUACCACUUUAUUCGAAAAAGAUCAAAAAUAUCUAUCUGGUUGGGAUGUCGAUGAGAAAGAUUGUUUGGAAAUGAGACAAGGAAAAAGUUGGAGUUUUGAACCUGAUUAUUUCGGGGUUUUAGGGAUUGUUUAUUGUUUGUUGUUUGGGAAAUAUAUAACUGCGGAAGCGAUAGGAGAGGAAGAUGGGAGAUGGAAAUUGAUGACACCUUUGAAAAGGUACUGGCAACAAACACUUUGGACAUCACUCUUCGACUCUUUACUUAACCCUCAUUCUUUCGGUAAACUCCCAAUCACAUCCCGUCUGACAGAAGUGAGAAAAGAUAUGGAAUCAUGGUUAGAGGAAAAUUGUCAAAAAGGCGGAAAGAGUUUAAGGGGUAUGUUGAAGAAGAUAGAGUUGGAAGGUAUGAAAGGCAAGAGAGUAUAG